CGUCCUAUCAUUCUGCCUUGAAUUAAGUAAAGAAAGAAAAAAAAAGGCUUUCGGACUGAAGCGGACUUAAAAGAGCCGGCUCUUUGGACCGGCUCGUUCGUGACCAACACAUCACUACUCCCUUAGCAACCAGCAUGGCAACCAGACGCUCCUGCCUAGUGGACACACACUGAUGAACAAACAUUGCUGAGCUCAGAUGAGUUUGUUUGAGCAGCUGGUUUUAUGUAAUUCGUCGUGAAAAAAGAGUAUUAAUAUUGUCUGUCAUGCAAGAUUGAAUUUGCUAACCGUUCCAGUAUCUGCGUUAUCUAGCUAGCUUAGUUAGUUAGAGUAACUAAGAGGCUAGUGAAGUUAGCAUGAAUGUGAGGCGACAUUUAUUAUUUGUGUGUUUUGCUCACUUACUAACCUCAGCUAUUUAUCUGGCAGCCUAGUUGUCAUGGCUUUUUCUUUACUCUCCCAAACGAACAGACAAUUAGUAGAAUCAAGCAGGGUAUAUAUAGCAGCAUUAUAAGGGCAAAUUAAAGACUUUACUUAAAGUUAUCUCAGUAAAUUCCAACACAGAAAAGUGAUGACACAGAGUGAGAAACAGACUCACCGCGGGGACGAGGAGGUGGUCAAAGAACUGUGCAUGGCCAAUGGAGUGUCCUAUGAAAAAAUUGCACAAGAAGGAAGCAACGUCAGCUCCCUGGAGAUCUUCUUCAAUGGUUUUCCCCGCAUGGUUGGGCUUUCCUUCUUCCCGAGGCUCUGCCAGCUGACCAUAGUGGGCCAGGAUAUAAAACACAUUGAGGGACUUGAGUUCUGUCCUCUGCUUCAGGAGCUCUGGGUAGUCCAGUGCCACCUGACAGGAAUAUCUGGACUGCAGGAUUGUCUACAACUAGAGAAACUUUACCUUUAUGAUAAUCAGAUCUGUGAAAUGGAGGAUUUAAAUUUGCAGAUCAACCUAGAAGUCUUGUGGCUCAACAACAACUGCAUAACUGAGAUACAGGGCUUGAACUUUCUUCAAAACCUAAAAGAACUGAACCUUGCUGACAACAGUAUUGAAAAGAUUGGGCAUAGCCUUGAUCCUAAUGUCAGCCUUCAGAAUCUUAAUCUGUCGGGGAACAAGAUCAGCUCCUUUAAGGAGCUCACCCUCCUCGCCCGCUUACCCCAUCUGAGAGAACUGGCACUGAAGGACCCCACGUCAACCCCAAACCCAGUGUGUCUGCUGUGUAACUACGCCACACACGUUCUUUACCACAUGCCAGGCCUCCAGCGACUUGACACCUACGACGUCAUGAGCAAGCAAGUCAAGGAAGCAGCCGAGUCCACAGUAAUGAAGAAAAUGAUGUACUACAACAUGCGUAUACGUACUGCUCAGAGGAACCUGGCAGAGAUUCGGCUCAUUCUGAUAGAGAGGAAGAAAACUAUGUUGCAGUUGCCUGAAGAAUGCAUCAAAACACUCAACCAUGCCCUCAAGAGUCUUGAACGUGAGCUCUCCAAGGUGCCGGCUGGUUGUAAGAAGUCUGCCUGCACGUUGGAGGACGAAUCGACACACCCGGUUGAAGGUUCAACUGACAGAGGUUACCCAACCACUGACAUCAGUCGCGAUCCCGCCAUGGAUCACAAAAUACACAGCAAGAUUGAAGCACUGAGGGAGAGACUGGUGCUGUGGACGAGGAGGCUGGAUGAGAUUGAAGCCUGGUAUGAGCGGAGUUUGACGCAAGCCGCAAACAUGAAGGAAUAUACCAUCCAGUUUCUGUUGAUGGAGCUAGAAAGUGUUGGAAAUAUUCGUUUGGAAGAGGGCUCCUCCACAGACCCUUGGUUUACUUCCUGUUGCGACCUCCUGCAUUCCCGCUUCUCUCAUUCAGACUUUAAGGUUCACAGCAUCACUGGCAUUAAGAUCAAUAGAGUUAUCCGCAUCCACAACAGCGCUUUGAGGCUUCGCUUUGAUGACAAACUUCACACCCUUCUAGCCAGCCAAGAGUCUGCUAUGUCUUCCCACAGGAAUUACAGACGUCGACUGGAUCACUUGUUCUACGUAGCUGACCCUGAAAAAAAUAGUGAGAAGGAAAACAUUUUGUGCAUUCUAGAGGAAGGCUUCAAAACAGCCAAACAAUAUGAGGCCUCAGAUAGAGAGGGUGCUAUACCUUUAUCCAACAGCCUGAGUGUGACGGAACAGCCCAGAAUUGAACACGCACUGCGAAGCGAUUCCAGUACAGACACAAUCCCCUUCAGGCACGGUCAGAUUAUCGUUGCCAAAGUGUUUGUCGGCCAAAGCGCGCCUAUCCAAGAGGGAGACCCGUUGGACAGAAGCAGAUAUCCCAGAGUUUUGUCUGUGUUUCACAAUGUGGACUUGAAGCACAGAACUACAAUAAGUGAAGAGAGACCCCGCUCCACCAAAACACACACUGGUCCUGAGUGCAGUCCCAGACGAAGACAAUGGUUUGUGUUUGACCAUGAGCUUGUCCUGCCUGAGUACGUCAUUUAUUUUGAAUACAACACCACCAAGGAUCAGGAACAACCACACAGCACAGGAGAAGAUAGUCCGUCCAACGAUAUCAUCCUAGACAGGGAGGUCCUCAACAUGGAGCCUGUGCUGAAACCGCAGCCCAAGUUGUUGAGCUUGGAUGACAAAAUUCUGCUUCAUGUGGCCAGAGCCAAUGUCCUCAGUCAAAUCACUGUGCUGAACCUUCAUGGCAACAGUCUGAGUAAAAUAAAGGAGAUUUCCCGCCUCACAGCUCUGCGGCAUCUUACCAUCAGCUUCAAUGAGUUCACACAUCUGGAUGACAUUUCUCACAUGCCCAACCUUGAGUUUCUGGACGCUAGCUAUAAUCGCUUAGAGACCCUGGAGGGGCUGAGGAGGUUGGGACAGCUCAAACAGCUCGACCUGCGCUGGAACAAGUUGACCAAGGUCAGAGAGGAUACGGCUGUGCUGAGAAAACACACGCCUGCUCUGCUGAAGCUCGACACCCGAUACAACCCCUGGAACAGGUCCGAAGCAGUCAGAGCGACCAUACUGGGUCGUCUAACAACCCUCACACACCUGGACGAUAUGAUGGUAGCAGAGGAGGAGGCUGCUUAUGCUGUUCAGAUGGCUGCUGGAUCUAAAAUUAACCAGGCGUCUCUUCUGGCUCACUCACGCACGAACAGCGACCGUCCCCGCAGUCUCAGCCUGCUGUCAACAGCCCAGCUCCUAUGUCCUCUCAGUCCUGCACCCUGGGGCGUCAACCGAGAGCUAGAGCCAGACUGGACUGCAAAGAUCACUGCCCUGAACCUUGACAGCCAGAGGAUUUCCAAACUGAUCAAUCUGAAUAAGCUGGUCAACCUUCGCUGGGCGUCCUUUAAUGAUAACGACAUUUCUAAAGUGGAGGGUCUUGACAGCUGCUUGAAGCUGGAGGAGCUUUCCCUCAACAACAACAGCAUAAGCACUCUCAAUGGCCUGCCAAAACUGCAUUGCCUAAAUAAACUGAGUCUAGAUGGGAAUCAACUGUCUAGUCUGGAUGCCUCAGUCCUGGACCAGCUGCCUAACCUGUCCUUUAUGUCUGUGGAGAACAACUGCAUCAGCUCCCUGCAUGGCAUCCAGAGAGCUCGCUCCCUUCUUGAGCUCUGCAUUGGCAACAACCAAAUUUCUACAUCACGAGACAUCUACUAUCUGAAGGGAUUGACAAACCUCAUCAUUCUGGAUCUUUAUGGGAAUCCUUUAGUGGAGAAACUGGAAAACUAUCGGAUUUAUGUGGUUUUCCACCUACCCUCCCUGAAAGCUCUGGAUGGCAUUGCAGUGGAGGCAACUGAGUGUGAAAGUGCAAAGGAUAUGUUUGGAGGAAGAUUAACCCCUGACAUGGUAGCAGAGAAGCUGGGCCACUCAAACUACACAGACAUCACUUACCUCACCCUGCAGUCCUGCUCCAUUAGGACGGUUGAUCUGUCUCCAGCAGACCUGUUCUGUGGCCUGCGCAGUGUCAACUUAGACCACAACAACCUCACCUCUUUCUCAGGCCUCAUUUACCUGCCCAACAUCAAAGCUCUGUGUCUGAACAACAACCACAUUGAGUCCAUCCUGCCCAGACAGAAGACUCAGGCUCUUCUGACAAACAGACAGAUACUGUACAGCAAAGUCCACUCCAGCGGUUACGGCCAACAAAGCCCAUCCAAAGUCAAAGGGGAAACUGGGCCCAUUGGCAGUCUGGAGCCACUGAUGGGCAGCCUGGAGGUGCUACAUUUGAGUCACAAUGGCAUCUCCAAUAUGGCCAAUCUGCAGCUCAGCAGGCUCACCAAUCUUAAAGCACUCUUCCUUCAAGGUAAUGAGAUCAGCCAGGUGGAAGGAUUGGAGGGGCUUCACCAGCUCAGAGAGCUUGUGUUAGACAGGAACCGGAUCAAAGCUCUGGCCGACAACUCUUUCAUAGCCCAGAACGUCCUGCUAGAACUGCACCUAGCGGAGAACCGGAUCCGGGAGCUCAACCAUCUAGAUCCUUUGACUGAGCUCCGUAAGCUCUUUCUUGGCAUGAACAAGCUGCAGGACGUCACAGAGCUUGACAAAUUGGAAGUUCUCCCUUCGCUGACGGAGCUCUCUGUGGUUGGCAAUCCUGUGGCCAAACAUUCUCUCCACAGACCAGCGAUAGUGCUGCGUCUGUCCCAGUUGCAGGUCCUGGAUGGAGUGACGGUCACCCUGGAGGAAAGGACCAGGGCUGAACUCUUCAGUGUCGAUCCAUCAGAUACACUGGUGUAUCCUCGCUUAUAGCUCCUCCGGCAAGCCUCCUCGCUCCUAGCUCCUAGCUCCUCGUUCCUCGAGAUGCAUUUGAGGAAUUGGGAUGUCCUUCAAGAUGGUUUGCUGAGAUCGAGGAGAGCAUUGGAGGGACCUCGGUUAAUAACAUGUUUGUGGGCUUAGUAAUAAGGUUAGUUUGCAGUAAAGGAAUAUUUCAUUCCAACACUCUCUCACUCUACUUCCCUCUUUGUAUGAACUACAUAUGAACAAAAACCUUGUCUGUGUUAAAAGUUCAUAAUCAGGUAAGUCCAUCUGAAAGAGUCAAAAUGUCAACAACCAAAUCGCAGCCACCAAAAAAAAUGGAAAAGCCUGGAUCAAACUCUUUCAGUCUGACUGAUUUGAUGUUCAUGUAAUGAGAGACCAGGGCUGUAAUUCUCCUGCAGCUCUGAAUUAAAAGCAGCCUAAGCCUGCUGGCAUCAUCCUGCUGAUUAGAUGAAAUGUGCCCGGCCGAUAAUGCACCAGUGGAUUUACCCCCUAUUAGCCAGGUCAACGCGACCCCCUCUGCUUGUUAAUCGUAGAUGUGGACAGAGCAGAGAUCCUGGGUUUUCUCAUUAAAAACACAAACUCGAACCUCCCCCUAUUGACUCUCAUAGCUGCCAUCUCGGUUGUCACUGUCAAUUUAUGCCUGGGCCUCUGCUUUUGUUUGAAUUUGAACAUUGUUAUUGAUGAGUAAAAAUUACUAUUCCCCUAUAAGAUGCUUAUAUAUGUGGAACAAUAAGCAAUCUAAUCACCGAUCCCCUGACAAGUGUGUAGGAAGCAGUGGUCAUAGGAAGGUAGAGAAACUGUUUAGGAUGCAAAGACAUUGAGUUGGCCUUGAAGUCAUACAUUAUCUGAGUAUCUGCUUACUGUAUGUUUUUUAAUCCUGUCCUGGAGUCUUUCUUCUGUAUUCCU